AUGGAAUAUCCGCUUGUACAAUCACUUUUGACACUCUCAAACCAACAGAAGGCAGUCCUGUCGAAAGGUGGCUUCAAGGACAUCGCAGACAUCCUUCUGGCCACCCCGAGCGAGCUCUCGAGAGCUUGCCGAAUCCCACCCCAAGAAGCGAACGAGGUCAUCGCUCGCAUUUGUCAAGAACGGGCGCAGCCCCUGCGACGCCUCGCGGACAUCUUGGCAGAUGAGCACGACGAGAAGUUUACUACCGGGGAUGCCGAACUCGAUACUCUCCUCGGAGGCGGCAUCAGAACUGGCAUGAUCUGGGAGACAGCCGGCGAGAGUGCUGCCGGGAAGACUCAGCUUGCUCUCCAGUUAUCGCUGUUCGUCCAACUACCUCCAAGCUUUGGCGGCCUUUCCGGAGCUGCAUGUUAUAUCACGGUUGCCUCCCGCCUGCAAACAACGCGGUUGGAACAGAUGCUAGAUGCUCAUCCCAUGCUUUCACCCUCGACAUGUGGUCUCUCAAAUAUCCAAACCAUCCAAACACCGACCAUAGAAAAACUCAUCUACGUCUUGUCUACCUUCCUUCCCCAGCAUAUCUCAACACGGUUGUCCGAUCCGACCUCAAGACCUUUGAAACUUGUGGUCAUUGACGCCCUCGCAGAGCUGUUUCAUGAUAUCGCAAAGACGACUACCCAGGACUCUCGUGGGGCGCUUGCAAGUAGAUAUCGCAUCGCUAUUUGGGUUCUGAACGAGGUCACCGACGUUCUCACACGCGACCAACCUCCGGACAACACGGUAAUGGGUUAUCGUGACCAAGCAAUGUGGUUUGGUUGCGCUAACAGCAUUCCUGGUGAGGAUAGAAAGGAGGCAUCACUUGGCCUCGUAUGGGCUAACCAGGUGAAUGCUCGGAUAUUCCUCACCCGGACAGGCAGACGUCGAUAUCUAGGAGAAGGGGGGAAUGAUGAACCUACCUUGAUUAGGCGCCUUUCCAUCGUAUUCAGCUCGGUAUCGUUGCCAGCAUCUUGCGAUUACAUCGUCACAACGCAGGGUGUCUGUGUGAUCGCAGGGAGUACGACACUACCCACUGCAACUCACGAGACACCCGUGAACGUGGCAGAUGCAGUGUCCAGUUUACACAAGGCCGAUGACGGCAACCGUAACCAAUGUGACCAAUUGCCACCGUUGGAUAUUGGAUGUGUUGAGGACAGCCGUGUUGCGGAGACUAGAGCACCAACACCAGAGUCUGAUGCAGAGGACGAAUGGGAAUCUUUCUGGGCGUUAAACACCUUACCAGAGGACACAUAUAGUCAGAUAGCCCUGGGUGGUUCGUCUCUUCCGCCCGCAGCAUGA